GAAUUGAGGCAGGGUUUAUUCUGAACUCCUAGCUGAAGCUCAAGGGAAUAUAGAUCUGAAUUUUCAAGCUUCUCCGUAUAGAAAAACGAAGCUAAAGUAAGAGGAGCAGGCACAGGGGAUGAAAUGGGAGGCUUCGCGCUGGGCUCGGCGUUUGAUUCGAGAUCAGGGCAGAUGAUAAUGGUGGCAUUGCUUUUGAUGUUUGGAUCUUUCUUCGUCGGCAAUCUUUUCGGCAACAAUGCUCCCAUUUACGUCUCUCAAGUUUCUGAAUCUUCUUCCUCACCCGCAUCUUCGUCUUCGUCUGUUAUAUCUACAUUUAUUAACACAGUUUCUCUUACUUAUCGAGAAUCACCACUUGUAGUCCCAGCAAAUGGGAUGAAUAUAUGUCCAUUGAAGUUUAAUGAGUAUAUCCCUUGUCAUGACAUCCCUUAUGUGAAGCAAUUGGCUCAAAACUUGAAUCUUUCCAAAAGUGAAGAGCUAGAGAGGCACUGUCCUCCACUUCAAAAGCGUUUAUUUUGUUUGGUGCCACCACCAGAAGAUUAUAAAAUUCCCAUAAAGUGGCCAGUGAGCAGGGAUUAUGUCUGGCGAAGCAAUGUGAAUCAUACACAUCUAGCUGAAGUUAAGGGAGGACAAAACUGGGUGCAUGAGAAAAAUCAGCUGUGGUGGUUUCCAGGUGGUGGCACUCAUUUCAAGCAUGGCGCAGCUGAAUACAUUCAAAGGCUAGGAAAUAUGAUAACUGACGAAACAGGUGACCUGCGUUCAGCAGGGGUAGUUCAAGUUCUCGAUGUUGGAUGUGGAGUGGCCAGCUUCUCUGCAUAUCUUCUUCCCUUGGAUAUACAAACGAUGUCCUUUGCACCCAAAGAUGGUCAUGAAAAUCAGAUUCAGUUCGCUUUAGAGCGAGGAAUUGAUGCAAUGAUCUCUGCCAUAUCCACAAAACAGUUGCCAUAUCCAAGUAACUCUUUUGAGAUGGUUCACUGUUCUAGAUGUCGUAUUGAUUGGCAUGAGAAUGGUGGUAUUUUACUCAAGGAAGUGAGCCGUCUCUUGCGACCUAAAGGAUAUUUUGUCUAUUCGGCUCCGCCUGCUUAUAGAAAGGAUAAAGAUUAUCCAAUAAUUUGGAACAAAUUGGUUGAUCUGACCACAGCAAUGUGCUGGAAACUUGUUUCUCGAAAGGUUCAGACUGCCGUCUGGAUCAAAGAUGAAAAUCCGUCAUGCCUUCAGCAUAAUGCAGUGUUGAAACUUAUUGAUAUUUGUGAUGCUGUGGAUGAGACUAAACCAUCAUGGGAGACUCCUCUAAUGAAUUGUAUACGACUAGUAGAUGCAACUACUCAGAAGCUCCCUCCUAGGCCUCAGCGCCUUUCAGUUUAUUCGGAGAGCCUCAGUAGAAUCGGCAUCAGUAGAGAAGAAUUUAGCUUGGAUUCCAAUUUCUGGCAAGAACAAGUUCACGAUUACUGGAAGCUGAUGAAUGUUAGCAAGAACGAUAUACGGAACGUGAUGGACAUGAAUGCCUUUUGUGGUGGUUUUUCUGCCGCUUUGAAUGAAUAUCCUGUUUGGGUAAUGAAUGUAGUCCCUUCAAGCAUGCAAAAUACCUUAUCUGCAAUUUAUGACAGGGGUCUAAUUGGUGCUUUUCAUGAUUGGUGUGAACCAUUUUCAACAUAUCCACGCACAUAUGAUUUACUGCAUGCCAACCAUAUUUUCUCGCAAUAUGGAAAUAAUGGAGAACAUUGCCUGCUUGAGGAUAUCAUGCUUGAGAUGGACCGUGUUUUAAGACCUCAGGGAUUUGUUAUAAUUAGAGAUGAGGAUUCUAUUACAUCAAGAAUUCAAGAUCUUGCUCCAAAAUUCCUUUGGGAGGUAGAAUCACAUAUUCUGGAAAACAAGAUGAUGCAAAGAGAAACUGUGCUAAUUUGCAGAAAAAAGUUCUGGGCAAUUAUUUAAGACACGUUCCUACAAAUAACAAGUGCUAAUGCAGCAGCUGUAUGUAUUUCCAACCCUCUAUAAGCGUUGUCACUUAUUUAACCACUAGUUUAGGUUCUUGUUUUUUGCUCCUUUUAUUCGACUUCUGUACUUUAUAAUGUUAACCUUAUUACCGGAGAAAAGAGAUAUAUUUUCAUAAUUUA